AUGUCAUGUUUAUUUUGUGAUGAUCGGGAUUCGGCACAGACAAUGGUCCCUUUAGAGAUGCGCAACACAACCAACAGUCACACAGUGGUCCAAUCAUACACGGCCUAUCUUCACAGUUCUAGCAUUCAUAACACCAAAGCCCGACCUUUUAACCUGAUGUCACCUUUUUAUUUUAUUCUCAAGAUAGCCAUCCUCUAUGCAAUUGGGGUAAUGGCCCUUUCACCUCAAGAUGCGAUCCAUGCAGACGACCUUGAGCGCUAUCAAGAGUUCAUGAAUACAGUCUCUGAUAGUCAAUUCCUCGACAUGUAUAUGGAAAGCGCAGAUGUCAAGAUCGACAUCUACGAAUACCCAUCAAACGACCACGUCCAGUCUGCCUAUUUCAAGCCAAGUCCAAAGGCAGAUCAAUAUUUCCAACAGGAAAAAGAACAGGCGGAUGCACUCCAAGCAACAGAAGAUGAGGGGUUGACUGAACGUGCGGCUAUUUGUAGACGGGAUGAACAUACCAUGGUAUUUGAGCGACUGUCCACGCUGGAGAAGCGCCGCUCUCGCUGUUAUCAAUUUUGUGGAAGCAUUCAUCAUUGCACAAGGGGUACAGGAUGCCCGCACUGUUAUGCCGUUAGAAUGGGCUGUCUAUGGCAGAAGUGGUGUCGCUGA